CACACACACACACACACACUCUCUCUAUGUACAUUUGGGUUGUGCUUCUGUAUGAAAUCAUCCUUCACACAAAGCUGCAGGAGAAAAAAAGUAGCUGUGGGCUCCCAUGGAGGAAGAGCACACAUGCCCCAUGUGUCGUGACCUCUUUGAUCGAUCUCAACCCUUUCCCUGUGGCCACAGCUUUUGCCUGGCCUGUGCGCAAGAGGCAUGGAGCCAGAGUAACGUCUGUGGCAAGCGAAGAUUUGUAUGCCCACAGCGCCUGGAGGAGCAGAGGGUGGUGGUAUGCGACUGCUGUCUGGAAGACGAGGGUAAUGAGGCCCAUGCUGCAGUGAAGACCUGCCUGCGAUGUGAGAUCUCUCUGUGUGAGCAGCAUCUGCAGCCACAUCUGCAGCGUCCUGCUUACAGCACUCACCUGUUGGUGGAGCCACUGAUGGAUGUAUCCCGCCGCAGGUGCCCUGCUCAUUGGGAGGUAUUCCGGUAUUACUGCAUGGAUGACAGGAAGUAUGUCUGCCCAGAUUGCAUUUUGGAAGGACGGCAUGCUCAACACCAAGUCAAAGGGGUGAAAAAAGUGGAGGAGGAAUACAAAGUCAAAUUACAGAGCCUGUUUGAGAAAGCAGAAGAGAAAGUAAAGCGAGGUGAAAAGAUGCUUCAAGAACAUCAGAAAGCUUGUCGCAGCAUCAUAGAGGACUCCUCUGUGAGUGAUGUCUCCCAGGUGUUACAGAUGGGUUCAGCCCUGCAGGCUCAGGUGGGCCGACUGGUGUCAGCUGUGAUAAAAAUCACGGAGCAGGAGAGACAGCAGGCCAUGGAGAGGGUGCAGGAAGAGUGCAGCAGAGUAAGAGAAGAUCUGAACCAAACUGAGAGCAUCCACCGCUUCUUUGGCUCCCUGCUGGAUGAGAGCGACCCCUUCCUGCUAAUCUGGGUAUUCCAAACAGAGGAUUCGCAGAUGAUGGCAGAUCUCAACACACCUCUGUUCACACCACCUCAGCCCAGCAUGGAUAAGAAACGUGUUUUAGAGAAUGUGGAAAAUAAAUACAGAGAAUGCAUAGCCGAGACCCUGCGCUGCCUAAUUGAACUCAAGAGAGAUCUCUUAAGCAGCCCAUUAACCUUGGACAAAAACUCAGCCCAUCCUCUGCUAAACAUCUCUGAAGACUUACGGACAGUGAUGAGGGUCAAAAACCGCUUGUCUGUCCCUGAGCAUCCUGACCGUUUUGACCACUGGUCUCAGGUGGUCUCCUGUCAGAUAUUUUCUUCAGGAACCCAUUACUGGGAGCUGGAGGUGGAGGGUUUCUGGGAUAUAGCAGUGACCUACCACAGCAUUGGGAGAAAAUCAAAAGAGGGCACAGCCUUUGGCUGCAACAAGAUAUCCUGGAGCCUGACACAGCAGCAUGACAGGAAACUUGCUGCCUGGCAUAACCGAAAGAAAACCCACCUCUCCACAAAAAUGUCUGGCAACCAUUUAGCAGUCACUCUGGACUAUGAUUCUGGCUCCAUCACCUUUUCACAAGUAGGUUCGUCAUCCACCCUGCUCCCUCUGCACAAUUUCAGUACCAGAUUCACCCAGCCCAUCUGCCUAGGCUUUGGCCUCUACAAACCAGAGCUGAACAGCAGGGUCACCAUCCUCAAGAAAAUAUGAUGGCAUUUAUACAUCUUGGAUUUGGGUGACGACAGGAACUGACAGUGCUGUUGAAACUUUUAUUUCAUAAAGAGUUAUAUGUUUCUUGAGGGAUAUAUGAUGCUCUGGCUGGCUCAAAAAUAGACUUUAUUUUUCAAGAAUCAACAAAUGUUCCAAAUAUGUACAUGGUCAAAGAU